CCCACACCUUCAAUCCCCGCCUUGACCUUGACUUUGGAUUUAAAAUCAUUUCCCCAAAAGAAGAAGGGCGAGCCUUUAGCGAAAGAGAAGACGGCUCUCUGCGUCAUCUCAAGCAGGAUUUUGAACUCGCCACAGCCCCAGGCGCCGGAGAGAUGCCAGCUGGUUUCCAGCAGAUGCGGAGAGAGGACGAGGACGAGGAAGGAGAGGAAGAUGCUGGCAGUGGGAUAACCUUCACCUUAAUCUUGUCCGUCUUCACGGCCGUGUUGGGGUCCCUGCAGUUUGGAUACAACAUCGGAGUCAUCAACGCACCGCAAGAGAUCAUCGAACAAAACUACAAUGCUACCUGGCUACAUCGCAACGGGGAGCACAUCGACCCCAACACCCUCAAAACGCUCUGGUCCCUGUCGGUCGCCAUCUUUUCCAUCGGCGGCAUGAUCUCUUCCUUCAUGGUGGGCGUUGUCUCGGAAUGGCUCGGCAGGAAGAGGGCGAUGAUUGUGAACAAUGGUUUGGCCUUCCUUGGCGGCGGUUUCAUGGGCCUGGCCAAACUCGGCAAGUCCUACGAGAUGAUGAUCAUCGGACGAUUCCUGAUUGGGGCUUUCUCAGGAUUUGCUUCGGGUCUCGUUCCCAUGUACGUGGGCGAAAUCUCCCCCACCAACCUGCGCGGGGCGCUGGGCACACUGAAUCAGCUGGCCAUUGUCAUCGGAAUCCUCAUUGCCCAGGUGUUUGGUCUGGACAGUCUUCUGGGCACAAGUGAGCUGUGGCCCCUCUUGCUGGGUAUCUCGGUGGUCCCUUCCAUCCUCCAGCUCCUGAUGUUCCCCUUCUGUCCGGAGAGCCCCCGAUACCUCUACAUCAUCCGCAACAAGGAGUCCAAGGCCAAAGAAAGUCUCAAGCGGCUGACGGGCCAGGCGGACGUGACCGCGGCUCUGACGGAGAUGAAGGAGGAGAAGCGGCGCAUGGACUUGGAGCGCAAAGUCUCCAUCGCGCAGCUCUUCCGCUGCCGCAUCUACCGCCAGCCCCUGUUGAUCGCCGUGGUCUUGCAGCUCUCGCAGCAGCUCUCCGGCGUCAACGCGAUAUUCUAUUACUCAACCGACAUCUUCAAAAAGGCUGGCUUGGACAAACCCAUUUUCGCCACCAUCGGAGCUGGCGCGGUGAACACGGUGUUCACCGUCGUUUCGGUGUUCCUGGUGGAGCGAGCCGGGAGGCGGACCUUGCAUAUGGUGGGAUUGGCUGGGAUGGCCGUGUGUGCCAUCCUUAUGACAGUUGCCCAGGGCUUGACGGAACGUGUGCCGGCAAUGAGCUACCUCAGCAUGGUGGCCACCUUUGGCUUCGUGGCGUUCUUUGAGAUCGGUCCGGGUCCCAUUCCCUGGUUCAUUGUGGCGGAGCUCUUCAGCCAGGGUCCCCGGCCGGCCGCAAUGGCUGUGGCCGGCUUCGCCAACUGGACUUGCAACUUCAUCAUUGGGAUGAGCUUCCCCUCGAUUGAGGGAGCUCUCCACUCGUACGUCUUCCUCAUCUUCGCAGCCCUCCUCUUCGUCUUCUUGAUCUUCACCUACAUCAAGGUGCCUGAGACGCGAGGGCGGACCUUUGACCAGAUCGCCGCUACAUUCCGACGGACGCCAUCAUUGCUAGAACGAGAGGUCAAGCCGUACACGGAACUGGACGAACUGAGCCCGGAAGCCCAUGGGGGUGUGGGGGUGGGCUUUUGGGCAGGCGACGAACCCUAGCGCCCAUAAUACACCUCAAAUGUGGACCGUGGUGUUCGGGGUGGCUGGCAAGAGGUACCAGGACCUGCCUAGCACUUUAAUGGUGCCACAAGCCUUAUUGGCGUGUGGUCAGCAGAGUUGAACCCAAUUUAUUUCUUCGUUUCUUUGUUUUUAUUAGGUCAGUUUUUAGCCUGGAUGCGUUUUUAAUUUCUUUCCCUUUUUUUUUUAAAGAAAGAAAGGAAAAACAUUAAUAAAAAGCAGGGUGGGCAUUGUGUGUGGGGGGGGGAGAGACACAAGGCCCCUCGCCCCGCUUUCUUUGUUCCGGAGGACAAGAAGUUUGUUGCGUCGAGCCAGGAGCCACGAGUUCCGAUUCUGUAAAUAAAGGAUCGUGGGGGAUUGGCACAGAGAGCGGAUGCCCCCGGGGGCCGGCGUGCUAUCGAGAUCCAGGAAAUGCGUUCUCCCCAAAAGCAAAGUUCAAAGGCAGA